GCCCAAUCAGCGUCAUUAGAAGACCCUGCAACGCCCCGUUUCUCGACUCGUCCAACUUGUGAUCGGUAUUCGCAUUCAUAGUGGAUCGGAGCCGUAAGUGUGGAUCAUCUGCCAAAAGUUGAUGGGUAAGAUAUCAUUCAGUAUUGGUGCUCCCCCUUCGGAAGAAAAGUCCUGAGCCGCGUUCGGCCAGAAGCCGUUUUAAUCACAAUGUCGAGAAGUGUUGCAGCAAAGCACUUCGGCGCCGCCCUCGGACGGUGGCCCAAGGACCCCCUGCGGCCCGAGAGGCAACUGCAAGACGUGCUCUCCAAGCGCCUUGAGACUGGUGCGGGCGUCGACCUGCGGCAGGCAAACGCGCUCUACUCGCUCCUCGACAACCGCUACCAGCACAGAUAUCGCAUCACGGAGAACUACAUGCUCAAGCCCAAGAGCAAACCGACUUACUACGACGACUUGAUCAAAGACCUCGAUGCUGCCCCGACAAGAACCAUAUGGCACCGGUUAAUGAUGAGGAUUUCGGGCAUGUUCCGUCUUCAAUAAAGAUGGGAGGAUAUAUGACGUUAUCAUGAUAGCGUCGCUCGUCAUUCGCUCCUUUUGUGUACUACCAGGCUUGUACGAUACAUACGAUAAACGCGACGAAUAUAAUCUCUUCCGGGCACCGCGUUUAGGGGAAAUGGCCAUGCCUGUAUCAUAUCUGUGUAUUGUCAUCUAGAUUUUAUACCCAGAAAGUCACGUGGCAGUACCAUGUACAAAAAAACUCCUCAAC